AAAAUUAAUGAAUGUCGACGCUCGGACGACUAUUCUUGCAGCAUGUUGAAAAACAAAGCGAUGUCAUUGCUGAGUCCGUCGAAAAAAUCAAGUGGUAAUGAAUCGCUCGUAAGCUCAACGGAGUUCACAUGUGUUGGGCACAUUUGCCUUAAUCGUGACACUGUUGGUAUGCAGAAGUUUUACUUGGAUGGAGCUGUGUAUCCUCUUGAAGGAACCAUUGAAAUUGAUUCACGUUGCACCACUCUUCCACCGGUCAUCGAAAUCGAUUUUCGUGGAUUCCUAACAAUGUAUCAAAUGGUAGCAGGUCUUGGAUCGUGGGCUAGAUACUGGGCAGUUUUGCGCCGUGGGGUCGUUCAGUUCUGGAAAUAUCCCGAUGACGAGGCUUCUGAAAAGCCGGCACUGGCCUACAUGGACCUUUCAAAAUGCACGGACAAGAAAAUCGGACAUGCAUCGCACGAGAUUUGCUCACGCCCAAAUGCGUUUACCGUGGAUUUGCUGGUACCGUCAUCGCCGUCGCUUAUUGAGAAGAAACGUGUUUUGCUAUCGGCGGACACCAAGGAGCUAUGCAAUGCCUGGCUGAACGCACUGAACGAGACACUGGAGGUGCUUCGUGGCUGA